UUUGCCACCAAGAUCCUAAAGUAUUCAACUACUUGAAUGUUGUUGGUAUGUGAUGUAACAGGGCCUUUACCGCGGAAGCUGCCGUCGCUGCUGCAAACUUCUGCCAUUUGUCAUCCUUGUUGCUGUCUGCAAAGUCACUCACUCCCUUGACCACCACGCAUGGCGGCCUCGGGGAGUGUACCGCUUCAGGGUUUGUUCCCGGGCCAUGAGGUGAGCCUCACCCGUGUGGAAAGCGAUGCUCUCUGGGCCUUGGGUGGAACGGAAGCCAGCCAACGGUGAAGAAUCGGUGGUGGCGCUCCCAGACGAGCAGCCGAUGGCUAUAGCCGUGCUGCUCGCCAUUGUUCACGAACGGCUAGACCUUGUACCGACGUGGUCAGGCAAACAUGUACAUCACGCGUCCUUCGAGGCCAUCUCGAGCAUCCUCUCGGCGGCCGACAAGUACGGCCUUAUACCUCUGUUCUGGCCCUUUGUCCACGAGUGGGUACCGCACACCAAACCGUCCCACUAUACUUGUAGUGAAGACGACCCCCUCGGGCCGCUUUACCGGCUAAACAUCGCGUGGCAGCUGGGACAAAAAGAAGUGGUGACGGAGACUAUCUGGCGUUUUAUCUUUGAGCUGCCGGGGGAUAGGCUGGAAGCGCUGCUCGCCGCCGCAGAGGACGGGCCUCGUAUCGGGAUGUCCCUAUCUCUCCGGGACGUGUUCCGCACCAUCACAGGUUUUCGGCAGGAUGUGACCCAGUCCGCCCUAGACUUCUUCCAUGAAUUUAUGGACGGCCUCAGCAACGACAACGGAAUGAUGGACGACCUCAGCAAAAGCACAAACAUGUUUUGCGUGGGCGACAUAUUUGGGGCCGUUUCUAUGGACGCCUGGCCGUAGAACGAGGAAUGGUACCGUACUUCAAGAACUCGCUCAUCAUCCUAGAGCUACGGAGACGCCACGCCCUGGAGCGAAGCCGCUGCAACGCUUUUGUGCUUAGCGAGAUCGUGGGCCGUCUGCCAGAGGAGGGAUUUCCGAGGGGGGCCGAGGAUGUUCAUAUAAGCGUCGACGACUUGCUGGACAAGAUGGACCUUGCUAUCGGCGCGUCCCACGAUC